ACGCCAAAAUCAUCUGUUCGUUGUUUUGGUAUCAGUUGCGAUUUCCAUAUUACAGCGAUUUCUAUCUAUCCAAUUAUUGCAAUUUUUAAGUUUAUAUAAAAGUUUUCCAACAUGAAUUUCAUGCGAAGUGUAUCGUUGAUUGUUCGCAAACCACUUUCAUCGGUUCGCCCAUUCAUGGUUUCAUCGGUGCGGUCUAGCGGCGAAAUCCCGAAAAAUGUAGCGGAGAAUCUCACUACCGCCCAGCACCAACAGGGAAACGGUGUCAUUUACGAUAAGAAACCGUUCAAAAUAGAACUGGUUGAAGGAAAGCGUUAUUCAUGGUGCUUGUGUGGAAGAUCUAAAACGCAACCGCUCUGCGACGGAACUCAUAAGCUAGAACAAUACAAGAUUACUCUGAGACCGGUGCGGUUUCAGGUGGAAAAAUCUGGCACAUAUUGGUUAUGUAACUGUAAGCACACCAAAAACCGGCCCUUCUGUGAUGGCACUCAUAAAACGGAGGAUAUCCAAAAGACUGCGGGCAAAAAUUGAAAUUGCUUCCAUUGGGUUCAUGUUGUAUGGUGUUUGUGUUUGUAGAAUAUUUGAAUAAAUAAAUUCUUGUAGCCAAGAA